CUUUGCACCCUAGGCAGGGCCUUGCUGCGGGCGAGGGGUGGCGCCCGAGCGGGACUAUGCUGGCCUUCGUCGCGAGGAGCAUGGCCAGGCCAUCGACUUUGGUGAAACCGGUGGCUUUGAGAAAGCUUCCGGGCCGAUACCUCGCCCACCAAGAAGGCCUGCCUGCCCUUCCGGUGCCGCCGCUCCAGCAGACCUUGGAUCGUUACCUGUUGGCGUUGCAGCCCAUCAUCAGCGAAGAAGAACUGAACCACACCAGGCAGCUGGUGGAGGACUUUCGGAAGCAGGGCGGCGUCGGAGAACGGCUGCAGAAGGGGCUGGAGAGGAGGGCUCGGAAACAUGAGAACUGGCUCUCGGACUGGUGGCUGAAAACGGCAUACCUGGAGUAUCGUCUCCCUGUGGUGGUGCAUUCUAGUCCUGGCGUAGUACUGCCCAAGCAAGAUUUUCAGGAUCGGCAAGGGCAGCUGAGAUUUGCAGCUAAGCUGAUAGAAGGUGCCUUGGACUUCAAGACUAUGAUUGACAAUGAGACGCUUCCUGUGGAAUACAUUGGCGGAAAACCUCUCUGCAUGAACCAGUACUUCCAGCUCCUCUCCUCCUGCCGCAUCCCCGGCCCCAAACGGGACUCUGUGGUGAACUACUCAAAAGGAAAGAAGCCCCCUACCCACAUCACCGUGGUCCACAACUUCCAGUUCUUUGAGCUGGAUGUUUACAGCAGUGAUGGCAGCCCUUUGACCACUGACCAGAUCUUUAUCCAGCUGGAGAAGAUUUGGAACACCUCCCUACAAACCAACAAGGAGCCGAUUGGGAUCUUGACCACAAACCAUCGCAAUAGCUGGGCCAAGGCCUACAGCAACCUCAUCAAAGAUAAGACCAACAAAGAGUCCGUGCGCACAAUUGAAAAAAGCAUCUUCACUGUUUGUCUGGAUGCACCAAUUCCCCGGGUAUCGGACGACAUCUACCGGAGCCGCGUGGCUGCCCAGAUGCUGCAUGGUGGGGGGAGUCGCUGGAAUAGUGGAAACCGCUGGUUUGAUAAAACCCUUCAGUUCAUCAUUGCAGAGGAUGGCUCGUGCGGGUUGGUGUAUGAACACGCGCCCGCGGAGGGUCCUCCCCUCGUCGCCCUGGUAGAUCAUGUUGUGGAGUACACGAAGAAGCCUGAGCUGGUGAGAUCUCCCAUGGUUCCCUUGCCAAUGCCCAAGAAGCUACGGUUUAACAUCACCCCAGAAAUAAAAAAUGACAUUGAGAAGGCAAAACAGAACCUGAACAUCAUGGUAAACGACUUGGAUAUCAAGGUGCUCGUCUUCCACUACUUUGGGAAGAAUUUCCCCAAGUCAGUGAAGAUCAGUCCAGAUGCUUUUAUCCAGAUUGCUCUGCAACUGGCGUAUUACAGGAUGUACGGGCAGGUCUGUGCUACUUAUGAGAGUGCCUCUCUCCGGAUGUUCCGCCUGGGUCGGACAGACACAAUCCGCUCUGCUUCUAUAGACUCUGCUGCAUUUGUGGCAGCCAUGGAUGAUUCUGGCAAGCAGGACCAGGAGAAGGCAGAACUGUUGAGGAGAGCAACCCAAGCCCACCGAGCAUAUACUGACCUGGCGAUCAAUGGGAACGCGAUCGAUCGCCACUUGCUGGGCUUGAAGCUACAAGCCAUCGAGGACCUUGUGAGCAUGCCCGAACUCUUCAUGGACACAUCAUAUGCGGUUGCCCUGCACUUCCACCUCUCCACCAGCCAGGUCCCUGCAAAGACAGACUGCGUCAUGUGUUUUGGCCCGGUCGUCCCAGACGGCUAUGGCGUCUGCUACAACCCCAUGGCUGAGCACAUCAACUUUGCAAUCUCGGCCUUCAACAGUUGCGCUGAAACCAACGCUGCCCGGCUGGCACAUUACUUGGAGAAGGCCUUGUUGGACAUGAGGCAGCUGCUCCAGUCAAACCCCAAAUCCAAACUUUGAGAGAAAGAGA